GGGUCACAAACCGCGUUAUACAUAAAGUCAUACAAUUCUUUCUUUUUUCUCUCCCAAUCCUACACAAAUAUCACCUUACAUCGCAUUUAAAGGGUCCCACUUGCUCAUAGUUUUCAAAUAAAGAUACAUAUUCAACUUCUUGAUUUCUUCCCCAAUCCAGAUCUCAUCGGACGAGAUGAAUUAACCCAAUUCCUUACUGGGUUCUUCUCAUCGGACUUCGUAUCGGAAAACCCAUAAGUUAAUUGGGAUUUCGUUCAAUCGAUUGGUAUCUUUCCGGUCGUUAACAGUAUGGGUGUCCAAGAAAAUGGGAGUGGUGGUGAUAAUGGUAUGUCUAGUGUUCCUCUUGGAGCGAAGAACAAAUACAGAAGAAUGGAUUCUGAGCUUAACGAUUACAGCGAUGAUGAUUUGGAGGUUGCACCGUACAAACAGACACAGCAGGAAAGGACGAAAAGCACAAGGAAAUAUGUAUUCGCCUGUGCUGUAUUUGCAUCGCUCAACAAUGUCCUCCUUGGUUAUGAUGUGGGUGUUAUGAGUGGAGCAAUCAUAUUUAUCCAAGAAGAUUUAAAAAUCACCGAGUUUCAAGAAGAAAUUCUCGUCGGAAUCUUGAGUGUCAUCUCCCUAUUGGGCAGUCUAGGCGGCGGCCGUGCCUCCGAUGCACUUGGCCGGAAAUGGACAAUGGGCAUAGCUGCAAUUAUAUUUCAGAUCGGAGCACUAAUAAUGACUUUAGCUCCUAGUUUCCAAGUUCUGAUGAUGGGUCGCCUCCUCGCCGGAAUUGGAAUCGGUUUUGGUGUCAUGAUUGCUCCGGUGUACAUCGCCGAGAUUUCUCCGACCAUCUCUCGAGGCUCCUUCACUUCCUUCCCUGAAAUAUUUAUUAAUAUCGGGAUUCUCUUGGGAUAUGUGUCCAACUAUGCGUUUUCCGGAUUUUCUUCACAUAUAAACUGGCGAAUCAUGUUAGCUGUCGGAAUCCUUCCAUCGGUGUUCAUAGCAUUCGCAUUGUUCAUAAUUCCGGAGUCUCCAAGAUGGUUAGUGAUGCAAAACCGAGUCGAUGAAGCUAGAUCCGUUUUGAUGAAAACAAAUGAAAUCGAAGCCGAGGUAGAGGAGAGACUAUCUGAAAUCCUGAAGGCAGCCGGAAUCGGAACUGGAGCCGGAACCGGAGAGAAUCAAGAAGAGAAAGCCGUGUGGCGGGAAUUACUAAAUCCAUCUCCUGCUUUAAGAAGAAUGCUCAUCACGGGAUUUGGAAUCCAAUGUUUCCAACAAAUCACCGGAAUCGACGCGACGGUAUACUACAGUCCCGAGAUUCUACAAACCGCCGGAAUUGAGGAAAAGUCGAGACUCUUGGCCGCAACCGUAGCCGUCGGAAUCGCGAAAACCUUAUUCAUUUUGGUUGCCAUUAUGCUCAUCGAUAGAAUCGGGAGAAAACCGUUGUUAUACGUUAGCACCAUCGGAAUGACGGUUUGUUUAUGCGGUCUAGCGAUAAGUCUUUCGUUGUUCAAAGGAACAACUCUCGGAGUGGAAUUAGCGAUUCUAUCAAUAUGUGGAAACGUAGCUUUCUUUUCGAUCGGAAUCGGGCCGGUUUGUUGGGUUCUAACAUCGGAAAUCUUUCCAUUACGUCUUCGAGCUCAGGCAUCGGCAUUGGGAGCGGUCGGAAACAGGGUUUGCAGUGGAGUCGUGGCAAUGUCGUUUUUAUCAGUUUCUCGUGCGAUUUCAAUGGCGGGAACGUUUCUUAUAUUCACAAUUCUUUCGUUUUUGUCGGUUGGUUUUGUUUAUAAACUUGUUCCGGAAACGAAAGGGAAGUCGUUGGAACAGAUUGAGUUGUUGUUCCAAAAGGACAGGAAUUGGAAUGAAGAGGAAGUAGAGUUAUCAGAUACUCAACAGUUGGUGAAAAACGAAGGGAAUUAAGUGGAUUUUAGAUGUCGUAAUGAGUUAUACUAUAUGCAUAGGAAGUUGUAAAUUGUUGACGAUAUUUUUUUACCUUGGAAACGGGAGUAGUAGCGAUGUGUUGUUAUUGGUGUUUGUAUUGAUCACGUAAAUGUUUGAGAAAGAGGAUAUGUCGAAACAUGCAUUUAAACAAAAGAAUGUGUUCGUUGUUUUAAA